GGCUAAUCGCAUUCAUUCAAUCGUUUGGAAGAGUAAAGCCAUGCAGGUGGGACGUGACAGCGUCACGAAAUGGCUCCCGUUACCUAAGAUUGCUCACGGCAUUGUGAUCUAUCCUUUCUCACCCACUCCGAAUCUCAAUGCUCAGUCAAAUGCCAGCGGUCAAACCUCAGCAACCACAUUACUCACUCCAACCUCAUCUCGACCCAAUACCGCCUACUCUACCAUCCAAUCUCCCUUACUUUCACCUUUUACUGACGACGGUUCAUUUGUGUCUGGGAACAGCGUACCAACUAGUCCAGUUCCCGAGCCUAUCAAGCCAAGCGAUUUAAACGCACUGAUACCUUUGGAAGUCGGAGACGAAGUUUUCAUCAUUGAGCAACAGAAGUCUUGGUAUCGUGGCUACGUCUUACGUGCAUUGAAUCAUGGUGAGCUCCCAAGUACUGCGCCAAUUGGAUGCUUUCCGAAAAAUCACGUUCAUAUCAAAGGUUAUGUGCGCGUGAGCUCUUUGAAGCCGGAGAAAAAUCGAAUAUCGGUGGCUGUCGACCCUAUGGAUCCCAAUAUCAUCCCAGAUGUCGAACAAGUUGGCUCACCAGAUAGUAGCUCAUCAAUGCUGUCUUACAUGGCUGCCCGCCCUCCAAAGCUUCCGAGAUCCCUUUCAGAGUCCAAUAUCACUACCAAAAUGAGCAGUACGAAGCCCAUUCCCGAUGAAACCAUCGAUGAAGGAGAAACUUUUCGUCCGGGCAGUGCGACUAGCAUGUCCCAUUCGUCAGCAUCAAACUUCCUCUCAUCUUUGGAUUUGGCCGAAGCGAACCAUCCUCAGCCUGUGCAACAGAAAAGCGAGCCCGCCCGACUACCUCCACUUCCCUUCACGCGAUAUGGCCAAUCGACUGCUACAGGCGAGAGUGAGCCUCUUAUUGACGAAAUCGCCGCAUGUAUACGGGAAUGGAACUGUCGCCUAUAUAAACAUCUGUCUGACCGACGCUACGCAGCGUUCAAUUCUCUCAAGGAUCAAAUUAAUUAUUUAUUUCAAGCGCGCAGACAGCUGUUGGACCAGACAUUGUCGAGAGAGGAAUUAUCCAGAUUACGAAAGGAGUUGAUUCAUAGGAUGGUGGUCAUCAAUGUGAUACAGGGUGGUGAAAUGCUACUGAGGCACCCACAUGUUGGCCACUUGUUGGAUCUACAUAACACAUCCAUCGCCACUAUCUAUCGCAUGCAUUUUGAAUACGCCAACAAAGACUUGAGCACUCCGAACGCUCUACUGAGCUCUACUAAUUUGGGGUCUGGUCUCCUGUCAUCAACCUCGGCGCUUAAACUCCCUUCUCCGUCUAUCACCGCAUUGUUAUUGAACUCGACUUCUGGCCUAACAGAACUGACUGAAAAUAUGCAACCGGCUUCUCCUGGUGUUAUACAUCCACCAUCGCCUUUGAUCCUAAACGCUCCAACUGGCACCACUAAAGGCGCCAAAUUUUAUCAUCUAUACUUUGAUCUCAAGGCUUGUGUUGCUCACAUUUGUCAACCAGGAGAAUACACAGAGCUUUAUUUUUCUCUUUACAAUCGGCUGGACGAAAAGUUCUUAACUGAAGAGUUCUUGGUGGUGAUGAACUACAAUGGUAUGCCCAAGGAUGAGAACCGUAUAGGCAAGCUCAAUACUCUCUUUACCCAGAUUUCGAAUCACGACUUGAACAAGGACAUCUAUUUGGUGUGUCGUAUUGUACGUAUGGGUGCAAUGAAAUUGAGUGACAAAGAUCAUGUCUCAUCUCUGUCUGGCGGACAAGCGUCAAUCAUAAGCGGACUGACAGACUCCAAAUCCUACUUCGACAUCGCUAACGGUAAGCAGCACCAAAUCAGUUUACAACACCAACUGGCUCAGCAGCGCCAUGUAAGUCAACCUGCCGCUCCUCAGCCAAAUAAUGCUCAGCAUGGUCUUCGAAGACCAUUUGGCUGUGCUGUUCUUCAUCUUGGCGGUCUUCUAAAGGGUACUUCAACAAAUCAAACACUUGCUCCCGGACCAUCAUCCAGUGCAUAUGCGGCUUCACCUAGUGUGAACCCAACGUCCGCUUCCCUUCCUUCGUCCUCAGCCGGUACACCCGGCCUAAGCAUUCGAACCAACCUUGGUGCUGCUAAUUCUAGAGAUAUGCUAGCGGCCGAACAUUUCAUGCCGAUUUAUACCCCAACCACAGAAUCUGGCUAUUCGUGUCUGAUCAACAAUAUCAUUGAUGAGACGCCAAAGGAAUAUGAGCGAAAUCCAAGAGCUGAAAUGCUAUGUGUUUAUUUGCGACUUUUCCACGGUGAAUUGGAUAAUGUAGUCAAGACCAACACUGGAUUACUACAAGAUGUACCGAUCACAUCGUGGCUAGGCUUCCCUGAUGUAGUCUUCCCAGGUGACGAGCGGAAUGAGCUGUACAUAUCUUUAUCAUCUGGUGAUUUCUCUCAAAUGGGUCGUUCCAAGAACGUUCAAGUCACUGUCUGUGUCAGAAGCAAUGUCACUGGUGAUGUAAUCGAAGACGCAUUGCAUCCAGCAAGUGGGGUUGGUCCAACAACCUACUGGGAAAGUAUGGUCUUUUAUCACGAUCAACGACCGUCUUGGGAGGAGACCAUCAAGGUGAAAAUUGCAGAUGUUGAUAUAUGGGAGAAAUCACACAUCUUCUUGACUGUACGACACCGUAGCAGUAGUGGUUACAGCAGUCAACAAUCUCAUAGUGGACACAGUUCUUUGUAUCGAGGUCAAUCCCACUCACCUCAAGGCUUAGCAUCGGAAAAAAUUGUAGCGUUUGGAUUUUUGCCUCUGUUCUUGCCACCCGUGUUCCAAAACUUUGUGGUUGAUGGUACGCACAAGCUUGCUCUCUAUCGAUACGACAAGCAAUUAAGCAAUCCAGGGGCAUAUUUAAAUGUUGUUCCAUGGUGUGUGCAGUCCACGGCUCCAGCCAACAUGUCUACAACCAACAAGCAGAAUAACCGUGUAACGAUGAGGCAUGGUAGCCAGAGUAGCAUAGGCUCAAAAAAUGCUCUUGCAAUCGUUCCCAAUGGAAGCAACAAUAGUCUUGGCCGGCAAGAUACAAAUCAUUCAGGUACAACGAUUAUGGGCUCUCCUAUUGGUAUCUCCAUGCCAUUGCCUAGCACCACCAUGGCUAACAAUGUCAAGCCUGUUGUUCUUCGCGAUACCGUCAGCUUCCAAACGUUCCUAUGCUCCACACAAUAUACACAAAAUCAAGUGUUGGUGCAGCUGCUGAACUGGCAGUCCUUUUUUGAAAGAGGCCAGGAAGGGAAACAAGAACUUCAGUCAGUGUUAGACCAAUUUACAUUUGUCGGUGAAAUGGAGAUUGUGAAGUUCCUUGGUGAUAUUUUCGACGCUUUGUUUGGCAUAUUGACUACCAACCAUAUGAAACGCCAAGAUGUUCAAGACAUGGAUGACAAAGUCGUUGAAAGUAUAGUCUGGGUUCUCGGUAUCAUACAAGACAGGCGAUUUAGCAACUUCCGGCCCGUCUUGGAUGUCUACAUUGAACAACUGUUUGCCCAACCCGGUCUACAAUCUACUGGCAUUACUUUUGGCAAAUCUCCUCCCAAAGAAGCGUAUGUAUAUGACGCAUUGUUAAAAAGCCAUUUGAGAUUAUGCUCGGAUCCUGCCGAUAUCGUUCGUGCCAAGAAAUUACGAAGCAGUAUGAAAGUAUGGGAAUAUCUUUUCCGUUUUAUUGUCCGGUCUCGAGAAGUUGCACGGCAAACUGAAGAAGAGAGCGAGCGUACUUUGCGCGAUAUUAUGUUUAAGGAAGAGCUUCAGCAAUUGAUGAAGUUGAUCAAUGGCAUCAUGAGUCCCGACCUUCCCAGCUCCAUGAUAGGAUCGCAGACACUGGCACUUCAACACUUUGCAAGUAUUCUUGGCGAAUUGCGUAGAGUCUUUUUGCCAAGCGAAGUAUCGGAUAUCAUCAUUAGCUUUUUGGAUGCUUCGGCGCAUGUCACGGGCAAGCUUGUAGCCUAUCGAUUGUGUACUAUUAUUUUUGUCAUCAAGAGCCCAAUCUUCAUGGACAUGGAUAGCAAGAAUUCUCUAGUACCUAAGGUAGUGCAUUGGAUAGAAUGCUGGAUUAGACCUUACUCACAAGUGGUAAAGGAGCAAGAAUCCGGUUCUGCUAAAGACACCAGUAUCCCGCCGAAUCAAGCCAUUCCUUCUGUAAGUCGUGCGCAAUGGCUUGAAAAUUUGCGACUGUCUAUUACCAUUGUGUACCUUGUAUUUGAGAAAGUACGAGGAUACCGAUCCAUGUCACACACAUCAACCAGUCUCUCCUCAUCCUGGGUCUCUUCUAUGUUUUCACUCAAAAGUGUCUCGCAAUUCCGCCCUAUUUCACUGGCUACGCACGACGAAUAUGACGAAUCCCACGAAGACCAAAUGAUGGCUGCCGAACAUGAAGUUGCAGAAAUUACAGUGACGCUGUUAUCACUGCUCCCUCUUUUAUUGAAUACAUACAUGGAACUACAAGUUAUCGUGAGUCAAUGUUACAAGGCUAUGCUACAGCCCAAUGCCUCAGCUUCAUCCACCACCUCUCCAACGUCAGCUUCGUUCGGUCAGAGCGGAAAAUCGCCCAUUAGUUCAGGUCGAAAUUCUAUGAGUUUACGCGAUCGAGCAAACUCUGUCUCUAGCAAAGCACAAACUGUACAUGCACAGGGCUUUUCUAGCCAGUUCACCACCCAAUCUGCCAGUAACAGCCAAAGCAUACUCAGCAAAUGUCCGGCGACGCCCUUCCCGUCCGUUUACCCAUUUCCAUCUACACCCGCCGUCAAGACCAAUCUGAAGACAUCCAAACUGGAUGUCACACCUCUUAUUUCAUCUGGAUUGUCGGACAUUAGCGUCAUCAUCCUUGAACUUUUCAACGUGGUACCUUCGCACGAAUGGAAACAGUAUUUGGUCAACACGGUUGAAGAGCAAGGCACUCGCAAAGCAUCUAUGAUCAUUCGCGAAGUGUGUGGUGUCUGCUUGGGUCUGCUUCAAGGAGAGAUGAUAAAUCCCGAACAAGACGAUGACUCUCUCCAAGACAUUGAUUCUUCCCUAUUCGAGAAAAUUGCCGCAGCUCGUGCUAUACCAAGGAACUGGCUCAAUUUGCAAAUGGUAGCUCAUCAAGUCGUCAUUAAUUCUGUGUUGACACCCAUCAUAGAGCUAAUAAGAGAGGGAUAUUUCCCACUGGACUCUAAAGCUGAAGUUGGAUACGAGCUUGAGGCGAACAACAAUCCCAUGGCUUUGUGGGAAUGUGUACUGAGAACUAUUUUCACGGUUGUCUCCAGCCGAGAGCUUGAAAUUGACAGGUUCCUCCCCCAAAGACAACAUGCUAUGUGGAAACUUGUGGGUGAUCUUCGAGGUGGUUCUGGUGUGCACGCUUUACUCGUUUUAUGGGCAGCAUAUGGAUUGGAUCAGCAAUUACCGGACGCCGUGGACGAAGAUGAAGAAGCGGAUGAAAAAAUGAUGGAUGAUGACGAAUUGGAGACCAGUAGUGAACCAGAUAUAUCAAUUGAUAAGAAUCCUGAGUUGGAGACAUUCAAAUCGCGAUCAUCUGUUACCUCCAUAGAAGACAUGCAACACCGACCAUCGCCAUUGUCCAUUGUCACCAAUGUCCCUCUUCCCAACAAACUGACCAUUUUCCAUGCGCGAGCUACGCCUCUUAUUGUAUUACCUCUGUGCAAAAUGUGCUUAGCCAGCCACGACUAUGUUCGUGAAGUUGCGUCAAACAUGAUGAUUGAUCUAUUCGUCAUUGAAUACAAGCGGACUGGCAAUGUGAUGAGAUUGCAACAGUACUUAAUUGGCACCAUGGAUCAUUUGCUCAUGGUCGAGAAAAUAGGAACCCCUGUUUCCCGUCAUCGACUUGUUCUUGAACUUCAAAACAGCCUUCAGCAACAUAUCGGAUCGAUCAACACUGAAUGCUAUGAACUUUGCACCAGCGCCAUUGCAUCUUUGGCAACCUUCCUUGAUUUACUAUUACAAAUCAGAAGUUUACCGCAAGACAACGAUGAGUACAUGGACGAGCGCAUCAACAGUACACUCAAGCUGAUGCGAUUUAUUCAAAUGAUCGAACGAGAAGAGAUCUAUAUUAAAUAUGUACAUCAACUAGUUCACCUACAAUUGGAAAGCAACAAUUCCGUCGAAGCCGCUUUGACCUUGAAACUACAUGCCGACUUGCUAGAGUGGGAUCCGUACACUGAGUUGGGUGCUAUCACGGAAUUGAAUUUCACAGCCCAGACUGCGUUUGCAAGGAAGGAAAAAAUCUACUUCAAGAUGCUGGAUUAUCUUGAACGCGGCAAGGCAUGGGAAAUAUGUGUUGAUCUAUGCAAGGAAUUGGCUGAUCAUUAUGAAGCAACCACCUUUGAUUAUAUUCGUUUGAGCGAUAUUCUUUCAAGACAAGCAGGUUACAUUGAAAGUAUUGCAAAGAAGGAACGCUAUUAUCCAGAGUACUUUAGAGUCGGAUAUUACGGCCGUGGAUUUCCUGUCAGUGUGCGCAAUCAUCAAGUGGUAUUCCGAGGUUUCGAAUGGGAGAAGAUUGGAUCGUUUAUUGAACGCAUACAAAACAAGCAUCCCAAUGCCGAAGUCUUACCAGCCAAAUCAAAUAGCGGAGGGUCUAUAUCUGAUCAAGAGCUUAAAGAACUUGAAGCGUCACCUGAUGGUCAAUAUCUGCAGAUAACUGCUGUAACGCCAGAACCCGUUCGCGACGAUCGACCCAUCUUCAGCAAUCAACUGGUCUCUGAUAAUAUUCGCAGUUAUUACAUGGCGAACGAAGUCAGUCGGUUCUCUUUCUCUAGACCUGUUCUCAAGCCGGUUGUCAAUCCUGAUGAUGGGUCCUCCAACAAGCCAGAGAACGAUUUCUUGAAUCUAUGGACUGAAAAGACCACUUUGAUAUGUGAGGAUUCAUUCCCAACCAUUCUUAGACGAUCUCGGGUCAUCAAAACCAUUGUUGUAGAGCUGUCGCCCAUUGAAAAUGCCGUGCAUGCUAUGGAACAGAAAAACAAUGAACUUAUGGCACUGGAACGAAAAUACGCUCAAACUAUUCCUAAGGCGUCCAAAAGUUCACAGUCGUCAACAAACACCAAUAACAUCAAUCCAUUUUCCAUGGCUCUCAAUGGUGCGGUCGAUGCUCCUGUCAACGGUGGUGUACCCAUGUACAAGAUGGCAUUUUUGUCCGGUGCCUUCGCUAAUCAGCACCCCGAUAUGCUGGAAUGGGUUCAGCGAUUGCGCGAUACAAUAGAUGAUCAGGUAAGGCGAAUCGUUCAUUCAUCAUGAGAACAUGGGUCUGUUUAUCUAGUGUCAUUAGGAUUUUGACACCUUUGCCUUUUUUUGAACCACAGGUACAAAUCUUGGAAAGAUGCUUGGAAGUACAUAACAAACUUGUUCCUCUCGAAAUGCGCCCACUGCAUAAUAACUUGGUCAAAUGUAAGUGUCGUAUAAUGUUUUUAAGGAAAUUUUACGGGCGCUUUUCUG